UUUCCCAGGAAAAAUUCCCAAGGCAAUUCCCGACUAAACUCAAAAAGGAUUCUUGGUACGAGACCUCAUCCGAGCGUUCUCACUUUGACAACAAGGCUAAUAUAUUGCAAAGGAAUGAUCGGAAAUAAUAAUAUUUUCCUCGAAGUAAAAAGGAUAAUGUCGAUAGAUGACGUCUCGCGAUCGAGAAAAUCAGUUCAUAUUCGUUGGGGGCCCAUUGCUAAGGAAUAGAGGCGGGCCGAUACGAUCCAGAAUUCUCCGACGUGCUAGACGUGAAAGGGUUGAUCAGCAACGAUCUGCUGCUGCGGCGGAAAUAGAGAGUUUGCUGAGGGAGGCGACGACAAAUCCUCCUCCUCCUCCGCCUCCUCCUUCUGCAGUAUGUACUUGUCGAGUGUCGGAUUUGUUGGAGUCUGCAGAACCGGGUAGUGGGCUGGGAUAUCGACAAUUGAUGCCGAAGGAACCUGCUGAUCCUGGGACAGUAGGAGGCGGUCAUUUUUGUUCCACGUGCGGCAGAUACAAGAUGACUCAAGAUCAACGUGCAAGCUUAGAUACAGCUUCCGUUAUUCCCGGCCUUGGGACAGGCAAUGCCGACCCCGUGAUUCGCAUCGAUGAAUCAACAUCCGAAUUCAACGUGCAGGAAGUUCUACACUUCGCCGCCACAGAGAUAUGGGCACAUUUCCGUCCGCUGGACUAUUCGGCCGCCUGUUAUCGUGCCUGGACAGCACCUUAUGAUGAUAAAGUGAUGCUAUACGCCAUACUCUGGUCGACAACGUACCAUCAAGAUGUCCUUCGCAUAACGUACGGAGCACCUGAUUUUCAGACUGGCUCCAAGUCACAGUUUCGGUUGAAAGGAUUAGCUCUUCAGACUCUUCGAGAGGCGAUCAGCACCUAUACGGGGACCACCCCGAUAGAUAGUAUCAUCAUGUGCGUGCUAUUCUUGGCUGUUAAUGAUAGCGUCAGUCCCCGAUUAUAUCGAGACCCGAGCCCCUUCACGCCCGUAUUUACGGGCCUUCAUGCCUUAGAUAUAUAUGGAAGUCGCGAUUAUCAUGCCUUGCACUGGACAGUGGUGCAUGACCUGAUAGAAAGAUUCGGCGGGAUCUUGUCUCUGCGCACCUUUGCACUGUCGUGGUUACUUUCGGUAGCGGAUAUAAUGAGGUCAGCGCACACCAUUCAGAAACCAGCAUAUCCACCGAUGGGAGUUAACGGCGAGAUUAUGAAUUUGGAUCCCCCACUCGCCUUGUUCCCGCGGUAUAGAGAUAGCUUUGCGACAAAUUUUGACAAGUCAGCCGGCAAAAGACCUGGGAGCGGAUUCGAUGAACUGCUGCUCUCCCUCAAACCGCCAGUGAGGCAGGAGAUCGUCACAGCAUUCGCGCACGUUGGAGAGUUAUCCCAUAUUUUGCAAUAUUUCUCAGAAGAGUCGUGCAGCCCCAAGGCUCUGGACCUGCUAGGCGAUAGUAGAGAUUUUGUGCAUAAUCGUCUCUUCUCUUUACCCGAUGAAAACGAUCCCAUAGAGCAGAUCCUGCAGCUCAGAGAUGAAUCUGCCGAUAGAAUAUCACUAUCGCGAGAGAUAUACUUGUCAUGUCGACAUGCUGCUAUCCUGUACGCCAUCCAUGUGACAUAUCCGAUCCCACGAUCAGCGAUCGUCAGAGGACCGCUAUUGCAAUCGUUGUGUCCGAGGUUGCAGUUAUUAGCGGACCAAGGUAUCACAGGACCAUUGCUACUGUGGUGCACAAGUGUCGUAGUGAUUGCGAUGGACUUGAAGGCCGACUCUCCAAAUCGAAUGAUGAUAUUCUUCUGGAAGCUUUGUCGUGAUUUGAGGAUUACUGAUCUGGAGACGUUGUUGAGGUUGCUGAGGUCGUUUGCGUGGAUGGAUGUUGCGAUUGAACAUCAUUAUAGGGGGAUGUGGAGGGACUUGGAUACAAUGCGACAAGCGGAUCUAUCUGAUGCACCAAUCGUUGAGUGA